CCCAAGAGGUAAGCAGUAUUGACAGAACCUUGAAGCUGGGAAACUGUUUGAAACAUGGUUCACUGGACUGGAGAGAUGGUACAGCAGGAAUUACUACUGGCGGUACUUGGGGGACCACGUGGGAUGCUGGAGAUCAAACCCAGGCCUUAAGAUAUGUAGGUUGUGCACCAGAAAGAUGGCUCCAAGGACUGGAAUUCUUGUUUUGUAUUCAGGAAGCUUUGAGAUCACGCUUGGUAAUGUUCAGGUGCCAGGGAUAUGUGGUGCCAGGGAUGAAGCCUUAUUUUUCAUGUUAAAUUUCCUCCAUUACCCACUACAAGAAGCCCAACAGCAAUACAAGUCUUGCCACCAUUCUGUACUUCUUAGGCUUGAUCAGCACAGCACAGUGGAUUACAGUCUUCUUCUAGAAACCAUGUGUACACCAAUGCAUUAAUCAAGAGUUAAAACCGGUACAUUAAACAGAUCGUUAAGUCAUAGCCAAGUAUCAGGAGGACCUGACGAUCCACCCCAGGUUCAUCACAUAAAACCUAGAUGCAGUCCGAGCCCCCUCGAGCACGUGUCGCCCGCAUCUUCCCUCUUGAGAUAGAUCACCUGUAUCACCUGCUGUCCCAUUGCUCAUCAGUUUGCUCGAGUGGGCGCCAUUCAUCCCAGUUGCAUGCUGGUGUAACCCAGUGGCACCUGCUCGCUCCAGGAACACAAAAAGCAUCAAACCGUUUGUUCAGGUUCUUAACGAAGAAGUCCGAACAUCUCAUAGGUGGGCGGCCAGGUGUUCUCUUGACCUCAAAAACAGUAACAAUAACUGGCCUCAUUUUCCUGACUUUCUGAAAGAGCCCCCAAUAUGGCAGCAGUGGGAAGUACAAGUAAGGAAAGGCAGACAAAAUCUCGGGGCCUAUCAGGUCUGCCAAAACGACGAAACACUCAUAUGACUGUCUGUACUUUCAAUCCACGUAUGCUGGCAUCAGACGCAUCCAUCAAUAACCUGAUGUUGCAAGCACAGAGGAUCAAGUACGAUAUCAUUGGACUGACCGACACCAGAAGGCCUCAACCACAUCACGUUGUUUUCAACACCGGAGAAGAACUGUUCCUCGGAACAUGCAACAGAAGAGGCAUCGGUGGUAUCGGUGUCCUCGUCAACACGAACGUGGCCAUGAGCAUCAAUUCAUUCAAAAGCCUAACAAACCGAAUUGGACGCUUACGUUUGAAUAGAUGUGGCUCACUGCCGGCAGUUUCUGUCUUCGUCGUCUACGCACCAACACCCAACGAUACCAAAGAAGAAAUGGAGAAGUUCUACAUGGACCUGGAGACGUUCUAUAAAGAAGACCACGCCUUCUACAAGAUCAUUGUCGGUGAUUUUAAUGCCAAGAUAGGACCGAGGAGAUCAGCCGAAGAACUCCACAUCGGGACCCAUGGCCUAGAAUGGGAUGAACAGGGUGAGAGACUGUCUGAGUUCAUCAUGUCGACCAAGACCAUCCAUGGGAACUCACAGUUCCAGAAGCCCGAAUUUAAGCGUUGGACAUGGGAGUCUCCUUGUGGACGGUUCCACGAUGAAAUUGACCACGUCAUAUUCAAUCGACGGUUUUGUCUGACUGAUGUUGCGGUUAUCCCAAAAUUCCAAACGGGAUCAGACCACCGUCUCCUUCGUGCGAAAUUUUAUUUCUCGGAGCACGAAGAAAGGAGUGCAAAGUUUAAGCAGAUAACUCCCAAAACGACCACCAACUGGGAGCUCUCUGGCACUCCUGCAGUAGUAUCAGAAGAUGCCGUCACUGACAACAUCGACGAGGAAUGCGGUCGACCGGUUCAGCACCUCCGUGGAUGUUCGAGGAAUGUCAGGAGUGCCAGAAACAAACGCCUGUCUUCAGAAACUCUCGAGCUCAUUCGCCAACGUGGUAUUGCUCGAUCCUCAGGCAAUUUCAAGCUAACGUCUGAGCUGGCAAAGCGGUGCAGAGAAGCGAUAAAGAAAGACCUCAGAGAGAGAAGAGCAGCAGCGUUGGCUAAUGCGGAAGAAGCCGGGAAGAGUAUUUGCAGCGCCCGCCCGCCUGUCCAACAAGACCAAGAUGACUGCCCCCCGACGUCCUGAUGAUCUAUCACAUCUUCUAGAAGGGCAGUGGAGAAGAUUAUCCACGACUUAUACUCGGAUCUCUUUGAUAGCUACGUCCAUCUGCCCACAUGCCAAAAUUCCGCAGGAGGGAUAGGUCGUUCCCAGUGUUCUCCCUUCUGAAAUCUGACACUCCGUGCAAUGACUUUACAUAGAUACCUGAAUUAUUGAAUUUCAUAUGGUUUCUGUUUUUAACUUACUGAAGUAGUUCCAUUCUGUUUUCCAAAACUGAAAGCACCAAUAUACGUUCUCUUCAACCCUGGCACAGGGUCUCACCACCUUCUCUAAUACUUUUUUUUUGGGGGGGGGAGGGUUAGCUUAUCACUAGACCACAUCCCUAGCAUCUGUGUUGUCUUAAUAUUAGGAUAGGAUAGGAUGAGCAUCUUUUCAUAUGUUCUCUGAAAAUUUGCAUAUACAGUUUUUAGAAUUCUCAUAUUUUGAAAGCAUUUGUUUAAGUACACUUUGAGAGCCUUUAUUUUAUUUUUUUGGGGGGGGUCACACCCGGUGAUGUACAGGGAUUAUUCCUGGCUCAUGCACCCCUGGCGGUGCUCGGGGGACCCAUUGGGAUGCUGGGAAUCCAAUCCGGGUUGGCCCCAUGCAAGGCAAACUCCCAACCCGCUGUGCUAUCACUCCAGCCCCCUGAGAGCCUUUAUUUCUAUCAAGCUUACCAUUUCUUUUAAGUUGCAAACAUUGCUAGCAAAAAUGGGUUAAAGAAUUUUACCUGGGCAUACGAGCAAACACAAUUCAGUACCUGGUGUGGGGCAGGGAGACCCUUUCAAUACUUGUUUUGUAUCUUUAAAACAAUUUUAGUAGUAUGUUGUGGUUCAAGUGUUAAUUCUAUUUCAGUAUCUUUAUUCCACCCACCUUUCUUUCUUAUCCAUUUUUCUUAGUUUGCACUAUCCUCCUCAUAGGACAUCCACUAUUAUUGCUGCCCAUUUAGAAAGGUAUGGGAAACUCUGUCACCUCAUUACUUCUGCUCAUUGCAUCUCCAAGGCAUUCACUACAGAAUCUGAAAAAAAUCUUUUAAAAUGUUUUCUGAUUGAUUACUAUUGCUGAAUGUUCUUAAAAUAAAAUCCCAAUUUUAACCAUUGCUCAGAAAAUCUGCACAAUCUAGUCCAUGUACAUCUCUAAGCCAAGACCUUCCUUCUUCCAGCUUGAAUAGAGAAGGGAUCACUAAGAAAAUGUUGGCUUGAGGAACCAGUCGGGAUGGUAGAUGUAUGCGGAAAGUAGAUAAAGGACCAAACAUGAUAACCUCUCUAUAUCACAAACCAUAAUGCCCCAAAGUAGAGAGAAUGGGGAAUAUUGUCUGCCAUGGAGGCAGGGGGAGGGUAGGAAAGGGGGUGUGUACUGGAGAUACUGGUGAUGGGGAAUGUGCACUGGUGGAGGAUGGGUGUUUGAUCAUUGU